CCGCUGUGAACCAACCGGCAGAGCCGUGCCGGCACCAGCUGCAGGAGCAUUUGCUCCCCUAACCUCUUUUCUCCAGCUUCCCACAACUUCGCAGCCCCCUUUUCUCUUGAACAACGUUUGGGUGAAGAGCAGGAGAUCCACACCCUGCUGAGAUCCAUGUGCUUCUUGGAAAGGUGGUCCGGCCUUCCCUUGUCUUCCAUUGAGCAGCUGUGCUGAGACAACGCCGAGCUCGCCAUGGAGCUGCUGGAGGAACCUGACUCAUAGAUGUUCCCAGCACCAGGGCUCGCUCUCCCUCUCCGAAUCUUGGAUAGAGCUGGGAUUAAUUCGAGCUCUCUUGCCUGAAAGAGAUGUUGUUCCGUUUAAAAUUCCCAAUCCCGAAGGCAUAUUGGAGUUUGGUUCUAGGGAUGGCGCCCGCGGGGCCCGAGGCCGCCCCGGCCCGCCGGUGAGGUGCUCCCCACCAGCCACCCCGAGCCCCCUGCCCGGAGCACGAUGAACAAGCUGCCCUUCCACAACAACAGAGUCAUGCAGGACCGGCGCAGCGUGUGCAUCUUCCUCCCCAACGACGACUCCCUCAACAUCAUCAUCAACGUGAAGAUUUUGUGCCAAGAGUUACUGGUGCAGGUGUGUGACCUCCUGAGGCUGAAGGACUGUCACCUCUUCGGGCUCAGUGUCAUCCAGAACAAUGAGCACGUGUACAUGGACCUGGCCCAGAAACUCUACAAGUACUGCCCCAAGGAGUGGAAGAAGGAGGCCAGCAAGGUCAGCGGUGAGGUCUUGCAUGGAGAGCUGACGGCAGUAAGGCCACCUCUGUCCCCGUCGCAGGGGAUCGACCAGUUUGGGCCGCCGAUGAUCAUCCACUUCCGAGUGCAGUACUACGUGGAGAAUGGGCGGCUCAUCAGUGACAGGACAGCUCGGUACUACUACUACUGGCACCUGAGGAAGCAGGUGCUGCACUCGCAGUGUGUGCUGAGGGAGGAGGCCUAUUUCCUGCUCACUGCCUUCGCCCUCCAAGCCGACCUGGGAGACUUCAAGAGGAACAAGCACUACGGGAAGUACUUCGAGCCCGAGGCCUAUUUCCCUGCCUGGGUGGUUGCCAAGAGGGGCAAGGAUUACAUCCUGAAGCACGUGCCCAACAUGCACAAGGACCAGUUUGCCCUGACGGCCUCGGAAGCCCAUCUCAAGUACAUCAAGGAGGCCGUCAGGCUGGACGACGUGGCCGUGCACUACUACAGGCUGUACAAGGACAAAAGGGAAGUGGAGGCUUCGCUGACGCUGGGGCUGACAACACGAGGCAUCCAGAUUUUCCAGAACUUGGAUGAGGAAAAGCAGCUGCUCUACGACUUCCCAUGGACAAAUGUGGGCAAACUGGUUUUUGUGGGCAAGAAGUUCGAGAUCCUGCCGGACGGGCUGCCCUCGGCCCGGAAGCUCAUCUACUACACGGGCUGCCCGCUGCGCUCGCGCCACCUCCUGCAGCUGCUGAGCAGCAGCCACCGGCUCUACAUGAACCUGCAGCCCGUGCUGCGCCAGGUCCGCCGGCUGGAGGAGAACGAGGAGAAGAAGCAGUACCGGGAAUCCUACAUCAGCGACACCCUGGACCUGGACAUGGAGCAGCUGGAGAAGCGCUCGCGCGCCAGCGGCAGCAGCGCCGGCAGCAUCCGGCACAAGCGGCUGUCCCGGCAUUCCACCGUCUCCCACAGCAGCUCCCACACCUCCGGCAUCGAGGCCGACCCCAAACCCCGGGAGAUGGGGCCCGAGGACGGAUUCUCGGGCACCGGCGCCCACCGCAAGCUGAAGACCUGCAGCUCCAUGACCAGCCACGGCAGCUCCCACACCUCCGGCGUGGAGAGCGGCGGGAAGGACCGGCUGGAGGAGGAUUCCCAGGAUGACGAAAUUGAGAUGCUGGUGGAUGAUCCCCGGGAGCUGGAGCAGGCCGGGGAGAUGGAGGUGAGCCCCGACAUGUGCGUCUACAUCACCGAGGACAUGCUGCUGUCCCGCAAGUUCAACGGGCACUCGGGACUCAUCGUGAAGGAGAUCAGCUCCUCCACCUCCAGCUCCUCGGAGACGGUGGUGAAGCUGCGGGGGCAGAGCACCGACUCCUUACCCCAGACGACGUGCAGGAAACCCAAGACGUCGACGGACCGGCACAGCCUGAGCCUGGAUGACAUCCGGCUCUACCAGAAGGACUUCUUGCAGUUGGCGAACCUGUGCCAGGACACGGCGCAGAGCUUCACCUUCGGCUGCGCCCACGGCCUGGACGAGGACGGGCUCUACUGCAACGGCUGCCUGGCCCAGCAGUGCAUCAACAUCCAGGACACCUUCCCGGUGAAAAGAACCAGCAAAUAUUUCUCCUUGGAUCUGACCCACGACGAAGUCCCCGAGUUCGUGGUCUGAGCGUGGGGAGGCUCCGACGCCGCCUUCCCCCCGCCCCGCUCCCUGCAAACCAUGGGAACUGUGGCACUGCACCGGAGGAUUGUCCGGAUAAGGGGCGGGAUGGGGGUGCCCGGGCACGGAGUUGGUUCCAGAGGAGUUUGUGCCAAACACAAGUUGUCUUAUUCCGACUGGGAGGAGCACGGCUCCGUCUGAGCCGGCAGAAGCCCACCCGUGUUUUCUCGUGGCCUCGUGGCGAGGUGGCCUCUCCCCCUCCUUGCCCCCAGGUGACUCCGAGGCAGCUGGAAAGUGCCAGACUGUCGUGUUCAAGCCAAGCCAAAGAAAUGUAAAUAACCCUAAAGGCCAGUAUGGGAAGGGAGAAUCAAGCAAUAACCAGCCAGGGAUCUCCGGGCACGGUGAUGUUCCAUGGAGGAAGGCACGGCCAGCAGCUCCUGGGGCAGAGCAUGAUCCCAGUUUGUCCAAAAACCUGUGCUGGAGAUCAGGCCGCAGCAGUCCCAGCCAGGUGGAUGAUGGCUGGAAGCUCUCAGAGCCAUUUGCAACUUGUUUUUAUCUUUUUUUUUAAUUUUUUUUUUUGAGAGCAAAACCCCCAAAACCAAAAAAAAAACCCAAAACCCACCCCAAAAAAAAACCAAAAGAAGAAGAAAGCAAAGGAGGAUGGAAAAAGAUAAAUCCCCUAUAAGGAUAAUGCAAUAAUGCAUCCCAAACAUUGACUAUCUAGAGAAUACAUAUAUAAAUAUAUCAAGGUAUGUAUGUUUAUAUAUGUCUGGAUCUUAUAGACCCAUUUGUGUUUUACUCCUGCUCUAAAACACCUUUUAUACAAAGGAUCUGCCUCUCUUCUUUCACGAACUCUGUCAGCAAUCCUAUAUUUUUCCUAAGCACUAAGGUGAGAAAACAGACUUUCCUCUCGAGGAGAACGUGCAUCCAACCGCCUCGUCCGUGUGGCUCUUCCCGCUGCCGUCUCCGUUCCCGUUUCCCAAGGCUUUCCAUGCGUCUUUAGGUGUCUUACAGUUGGAAUCAUUCUGCCAGAGGAUGAUGGUGACGUGGAAAAUCCCAGGGUGGUUUCUGAGUGCGUCCCAGGGAAGCCAGACAGCCCAGGUGGAAUAUUUGCCGUCGGUUCCGGAGGGUGAAGCAUUGCAGAGUUGAUGAUCACAGCACAAUGCCUUUGUAGUGGGUAUUUUUAAUUAGAGUUUAGCCAUUGACAGCCAAAGUUUUGCCAUAUUUUGAUAUACCACCGUUUUUUUUUUUUUUUUAACUGGAAGCUUUUUCUUAAAAAAACAAACCAAAAAAAAAUUGUAAUUAUUUUAUAAAUAAGCACAAUCUUAUUUUUAUAAGAAAUGUUGGGGGAGGGAGCUGAGAAAGGGGAGCUGGUACCAAAAGAAAUGGAGCGUAGCUAUAGGCAGAGUGCACUAAAAAAUCCCUUGGGAUGUUGGGAUAUGGGAGAGCUGCUGUGGGACCGUGCCACUGGCACCGUGUCCCCGCCCCAGAGCUUGAUCUGGCCCUGCCUGAGGGGUUUUAUGGGAAAAAUGUCAACAUCCAAAUGCUGGCAGGGCAGGAUGGGGUCCCUAAAGCAUCCUGCUCUCCCUAAAUCCCCACAGGGCAGGAUGGGGUCCCUAAAGCAUCCUGCUCUCCCUAAAUCCCCACAGGGCAGGAUGAUGGUCCCUAAAUCCCUACAGGGCAGGAUGGGGGUCCCUAAAGCAUCCUGCUCUCCCUAAAUCCCCACAGGGCAGGAUGGGGGUCCCUAAAUCCCUACAGGGCAGGAUGGGGGUCCCUAAAGCAUCCUGCUCUCCCUAAAUCCCCACAGGGCAGGAUGGGGUCCCUAAAGCAUCCUGCUCUCCCUAAAUCCCCACAGGGCAGGAUGGGGGUCCCUAAAUCCCUACAGGGCAGGAUGGGGGUCCCUAAAGCAUCCUGCUCUCCCUAAAUCCCCACAGGGCAGGAUGGGGUCCCUAAAGCAUCCUGCUCUCCCUAAAUCCCCACAGGGCAGGAUGGGGUCCCUAAAGCAUCCUGCUCUCCCUAAAUCCCCACAGGGCAGGAUGGGGGUCCCUAAAGCAUCCUGCUCUCCCUAAAUCCCCACAGGGCAGCUGGAGCGAUGCUGCCUGGGGCUCAGCUGUGUAUCCCGCUCUGGCUUGGGGGAGACCCCACCAAAUACCCCAAAAAUCUCUCUUUGGGUGCCAUAUCCAUGGCUGGGAUAAGGUUUGUGACUCCAGACCCCAUCCAUGGCUGGGUUUGCAGUGUGUGCACCAGCAGCGUGAGCUUCCAUGCUGGCACAGGCAGGAAAAUUCCCCAAAUUCAUCCCCAGCCUCUUUUUCCCCGCUGUGGCAGCCCCUGGGGGCUGCAGCACCACCCUGGGUGCUCUCCAUGGGAUCCUCACCCUGCAGAAACCCAGAGCUGGAGGGAAAAAAGGGAUAAAUCGUGUAAAGAAAUGCUCAACGCUGCUCUGAAGUGGGGAGGGGGCAGCCAAAGCAGGGCCUCUCCUUUUCUCCUCCCCAUCCCAUUGUCCUGCAGUCGAAGCUGGAGUGAUGGGAUCGGAGUGAUGGGGUUGGGAUGUUGUUGAGGGCUCUGAUGGAGCUUAUCCCUACAAACAGCAGCAGUGCCAGGGAGCAGGGGGACACAGAGGUGCCAUUUAUUCCCAGUUAUUCUGCAGGUGGCCGGGGCGGCUCCGGCAGGGGCCGGGGGUGGCCGUGCCCGCCUACCCUUGGGGCCGUUCCCCCUGCAAUAAGGGGCUGUCUGUCUGCACAAAAUAGUCCUUUCUGUGAAAGGAUCUUCCCAUCAGGGCGAUGGGAGAGCCCAGUGACUGUGUUGCAAAAGGAAACAAAAAAAAAAAAAAAAAAAUAGAAAACUCAAGGAAAAUGACAUGAAAAGCCCCGGAGCGAAAUUCUUUUGUACCAAUGAAGUUUGUUGUGUGCCUUUUGCAGUACGGCUGGACGUGACAAUAAAGUGACAGUUGUUUGCAUCA